AUUAUAAAACUAUAGACAAAUCGAAGAUGCAGAUUUAUGCACGAGAUUAUUAAUGUAGGCAGUAAUUAAUUAAUCGCCUCGAUCUGAUCCACAUUUAAAUCUCAAAUAAAUUGUCAUUAAACGACACUAACUAAGAUUCAAAGUUAAGGUUCAUAUAAUUAUGGAGAAAAUGGAAAAAAGAAGAAAGCUAAUUAUCUCAUUAAUUGGAAGUUCAAUCAUUUUUAUCCUUUUCGUCCCUUUGUUUCAACAAUCAUUUCGUCCUAGGAGUUCUUCUCCUACAUUUGAUUAUUCAAGGAAACACCAAAUAUGGAAGAAGAGAGAUGACGCCCGUAUGGAAGGAAAAGAAUCUAUGGAGCUCCGUUUAAGAAGAUUAGUACGAGGAAAAGAUCUAGCUCAACUAGAUGCUACCGGAAUGACAUGCCUCUAUGACUUCCACUUCGAACAAUGCAUCGUUAACAAACCAGUAAUCAUACCAACCAACGAACCCUUAGUCGUUUACGUACCGUCCGAUCAACCACCGGAGAAACGGACCCUUCAGCCGUAUGCUAGAAGAGAAGAUCCAACGGCCAUGAAAGAAGUCACACCAAUACAAAUACUUCAUGGGAAUAACAUAACACAUCGGAAAAAUGCUUCUUCAUAUUGUGAAGUUACACAUGAAGUUCCAGCAAUUGUUUUCUCAUCUGGUGGAUUUAUAGGAAAUGUGUUUCAUGAGUUGAAUGAGAUUAUAAUCCCAUUAUUCCUCACAUCUCGUCAUUUCAAUUCCAAAGUGCAAUUUGUUAUCACUGAUUAUGCAGAUUGGUGGGUGUUUAAGUAUAAGGAUGUUUUGAAGAAAUUGUCAUCUUUUGAGGUUUUAAAUGGUGAUGGUGAUGGUGAUGGAAGAGUUCAUUGCUAUCCUGCUGCUGUUUUUGGUCUCAGGUACCAUGAUAAUUUAGCACUAAACAGUUCUGAAAUCCCAGGAGGCUACACAGUGGCAGAUUUCAGGAACUUCCUUGGGGAAACCUACAACUUGACCAUGAAGGCCACAAAGAAGCCCAACAAAAAGCCCAAAGUUCUCUUGAUAUCUCGCAAGGAAACAAGAGUACUUCUAAAUGAAGAUGAGAUGGUAAAGAUGAUGUUAAAUUUGGGCUUUGAAAUCCACAAGGCCAAGGCCCAUGAAAUGCUAUAUUUGGACACAUUUGCACAAGUUGUGAAUUCAUGUGACAUUAUAGUUGGGGCCCAUGGGGCUGGGCUCACAAAUGAGGUGUUUCUUCGUGAUGGGGCUGUUGUAGUCCAAAUUGUGCCCUUAGCCCUUAAUUGGGCCUCCGAUACUUACUAUGGUAAUCCAGCCCAUAGUAUGGGGAUAGAGUACAUGGAAUACAAAAUUGUUGCUAAAGAGAGCUCUCUAUAUGACGUGUACGGUCCAAAUGAUCCCAUUAUUUCUAAUCCAUUGGUUGUCUUUGAACAGGGAUAUAGGGAUGCUAGGUCAUUAUACAUUGAUGGACAAAAUGUCACCAUUGAUUUAACAAGAUUCAGAGGCACUCUCAUUGAAGCUUUGAAGUUUUUGGGUUAUCCAAUAUCUUGAUUUUAAAAAUGAUAGUAGAGAAUAGAUGAUGGAACUCGUUGUAGGAAAUGUAAAUAGAACACUUUGUCAUAAUUUAAUAACUACAAUUGCAUCAAAAAAAAUUAAUAA